AUGGUCUGGUGCCGUGUGGCUGUGCUGGUCCUCGCCGUGUUGGGCACCCUCUUCGGUGUGCUCACAAACACCCUCCCUGUGUUCCGUGGGGAGAGGACAAUGGGAACUGAGUUCACCACCUUGUGGUAUGGCAGACUCAAAGUCGACCACAGUAUAAUACGUGUAUCCACCGAAGGAUGCAAAACCUUUGUGCGGUACUUCUUCGCCUCCGAGGCCUUUGCUGUAAUUGCAACGCUCGGUGGCGUGGCCAUCGUUGUUCUCGCAAUCAUGCAGAUACUCGUCAGUCAGCGCAGGGGAUUUGUUGUAUACAGCGUGUCCAUCUUGAGCUUCAUUGCAUUCCUUGCGUGCGUGAUCUGUGUGGGUCUUCUUGCCCACGUGUAUGUUGCGGAUCUUUGCCAGGAUGAGUCCCACCCCUUGCGCGACCACUACACAUCCCUGAAGAGUCAGGGGCUGCGGUACGCGGAGGCAUUCGGCUUCAUUUGCGCCGCCUGUGGAGUGUUUAUGGUUGGCGCUGUUGUGCAGUGCUUCGGGGUGAGCGUGGCGAAUAGCAUUUCUUCGGAUGACAAGGGCGGUUUGUAUGCUGACACCCGGGUGUGA